AGAGAGACGAGAAAGAGUGAGACACUGAAACAAGAGAAAGGAUAGAAGAAAGAAAAAUGCAUUGCAGUGCAUUGCAGUGCAUCGAGAGUGUGAAGAGGAGGUUUAGUAUAUGUGUGUUUGUCUGUGUGCACAUUUGUUUCUGUGUGUGUGUGUGUGUGUGUGUGUGUGUGUGUGUGUUAGAGCUGAAUUGAGCAGCAGUGGAGUAGGAGGACAAGUGUGGAACAAAGUGUGUGUGAGCGUGUUGAUAACAAAUCUAGUCCAGAUUGUGAAGCUCUCAGGCUGUUCAGGCCCAUCUGCCAAACCACGAAAAAAAAACGGAUUCAGAGAGACCGACGUAUAACAAGAAUGAGAGGAAGACGAGCAGAGAAGAGGACCUGAACGCAGCUGAGGAGAAUUAAAUCCAAACUGAGGAAUUACUGCAACAUUCAGACUGAACUCUGGAUUUUCCUGUUACAUUUUUUUUUUUUCUUGUCGUCUCUUUUUUUUAAAGAAGGAGAGCCGUUCAUUGAAACAGGCAUUCAUCUUUUUAUUUGACAGUGAGAAUCACAGUAAUGUUUGACCUAGACAGCUGCCUGGGAGAUGAAAGACUAGGUACUUUUUCUUCUUUGUGAACCUUUUGACCGCCAAGUUUGACAGAAACUCUGGGAGCCAAAAGGGAUUUUUUUUUUCUCACUUUGAACUUGCGCAACCUCUUUCAUUUUCUGUUUUUGCUUCUGCAUUGUUUCACUCUGUCUUUUCCUGGUAACGUUUGCAUUUUUCACAAAAGGAACAGAAAGAGGUAAAUGACUCAAGUUUCUCUGUCAGGAGCCUGAAUAGCAUUUGUAUUCCAGUUUGGCUUUCAUAAGGGGACAAAUCCUCCCUUGUGUGUGUGACAGUGUGUGUUUGUGUAGCCAAGUGUCCCUCUGUGAUACAUUAACGUGUAUCAAGGGACAGUAACCUGCCCUGUUUGUCUCUUCUGGGAAAAUGGGAUCAGAAAAGGACUCAGAGUCGCCUCACUCCUCGGUGAGCGGCGUCCCCAACCCUAAGUGCCGUGCGGCGGGCAAACGCCAGGGCCGCAUCUCCUUCCACAGCCUCUUCCACAGCAAACGGGGCUCACGAGGCAGCAGGGGCCCCAAAGGAGCGGCGGCCACCCCUUUAUCCCACCAUCACCACACGCAACAACAGCUUCUCCCCUCUGCCUUGAGCUCAGCGCCCGCCCAGGCCUCUGCUACGCCCACCACGACCACCACCACAGCCGCCACGACCCCCCAGGACGCUGCCUCCAGCACCCCCUCUAAGCCGCUCUCCUCCAGCCAGCCGUCCCUGGGUGGAGCUCCUUCCUCUGGGGAGGCCAACCUCCUGGAGUGCCCCCUGUGCCUGGUGCGCCAGCCCGCUGACCAGCUCCCAGAGCUGCUGGGGUGCAGCCACCGCUCAUGCCUGUGCUGCCUGCGCCAGUACCUCCGCAUCGAAAUCACCGAGAGCCGAGUCCAGCUCAGCUGCCCCGAGUGUGCUGAGCGACUGGCCCCGCGGCAGGUGGCGGACAUCUUGGAUGACGCGGCCCUGCUGGAGAAGUAUGAGGAGUUCCUGUUGCGGAGGUGCCUCGCUUCUGAUCCAGACUGCCGAUGGUGCCCGGCGCCAGACUGCGGGUUUGCAGUCAUCGCCUCCGGCUGCGCCAGCUGCCCCAGGCUGGUGUGUCGCAGAGAGGGCUGCGGAGCCGAGUUCUGCUACCACUGCAAACAGGCCUGGCACCCCAACCAGACCUGCGACUCGGCCCGCCAGCAGAGGGCGCAAUCCCUGCACACCCAUAGUAACCACUCGCCCAGCUACACACAGGAGCAGGGACCCGCUGAUGACAUCAAGCCGUGCCCCCGCUGUGGUGCCUACAUCAUCAAGAUGAACGAUGGGAGCUGCAAUCACAUGACCUGCGCCGUCUGCGGCUGCGAGUUCUGCUGGCUCUGCAUGAAGGAGAUCUCUGACCUGCACUACCUCAGUCCAUCUGGCUGUACGUUCUGGGGGAAGAAGCCUUGGAGCAGGAAGAAGAAGAUUUUGUGGCAGCUGGGCACUCUGAUCGGAGCUCCAGUCGGCAUCACCCUCAUCGCAGGCAUCGCUGUCCCUGCCAUGGUCAUCGGCAUCCCCGUUUACGUCGGCCGCAAGAUCCACGCUCACUACGAGCUGAAGAAGACGUCUCGCCACAGAAGGAACCUGGCCAUCACAGGGGGCGUGGCCCUGUCAAUCAUCACCGCCCCCGUCAUCGCAGCUGUUAGCGUGGGCAUCGGCGUUCCCAUCAUGCUGGCCUACGUGUACGGUGUGGUGCCCAUCUCUCUGUGUCGAGGGGGAGGUUGUGGUGUGAGCAGAGGGAAGGGGAGGGGCGUCCGGAUUGACUUCGAUGAAGAUGACGGACCGAUCACAGUGGCGGACGCGUGGCGAGCCCUCAAGUCCCCGAGCCUCGGUGAGAGCAGCCUGGACGGGGCGGUCAGCGGUCUGAGCACCACCUCCCCCAGCGAGGGGCUCUCUGUGGCCCCCGGGGCUCUGGGUGACACGCCUCACUUCAACACCCUGGCAGGCGGCGCCCUGGGGACCCGAACCGGCAAGUACAGCAGGCUGGAGGUGCAGGCAGGGGAGCUGGCUAAAGAAUCAGCCCAGAGGGAGACAGGCAGCCUGGGGGCAGGGAGCGACUGUGCCAGCACCCGAGGAAUGGCCGGAUCCAUCAUCUCCUCCUACACACUACCUGACAGGGAGUGCACCAACCUGGAGAUCCAGGUGGACAUCGAGACCAAACCCAGCCAUCUCUGCCUGACCAGUGAAGAGGACCUAACCCCGCCCCCGGGCUCUGCUGCUAUGGCGACGGCCUCCGGAGGCGAGGAGCCUCAGGACUGCAGCUCCAGAAGGGGCGGAGCUUUGUCUGGCUCGGCGCUGGGUCUGUCACCGGGCGCGUCAAUCAGGGAGGGGCUGAGAGACGUCACCCUGGCUCAGCCGGAGAGCAUCCGCAGUGACCUGGAGAUGUCGGACACACAAUCGGACGACAUCGCGGAGCUGACGUCGGACGACUGUGACUCCCCUCACCCGAAAAGCUGUCACCCAGCGGCCGGCCAGCAGCCCCAGCUCCCCUCCUGCCGAGCCCUGAACCCCUCCACCGAAGGCCUUCACUGUCCCGCAGACAGCAACGUCAUCCUCUACGUCUGAGAGAACAGCAGCUCUCAGGAUUGCACAAAAAAAAAAAAAAACGAACCGACCCCCCCCCCCCCCCAGCAUUUUCAUUUGAGCUCUCUCUUACUUCAUAGCUCUUUUAUUUUUCUGUUGUCAUUUCUCGUUUGCUGCUUUUGCGACUCACAGACACCGUCUUAAACACAGACAGCGUUUGUUUACUUUUGUCUGUCUGUCUUAUCAAUCUUCCUGUCAAUCUCCUCACCGAGUAAAUUGUCAGGGUUCUACCUCUGAGAUUUAUAAGAUGAUGAUUUAUGUUUACUCCUUGGUGCAAAAUGCCUUGGCUACUUAAGCAAAAAAAAGAAUAGAAAAGAAAAAAAACACAAGAGGUACAAAUUUUCCACAAGAAUUAUUGCAAAACGGAAAUGAUGAAAUAAGGUGAAAUGUCACCAAGCUUAGCAAAGGGAGGAGGAUUGUUGGGGAAAACAGGUUUGUGUGUGCUGAGGUCAAAGGGGACGUUUAUAACACAUGUGUGAAUGAAUGUGGACUUUGUACUCAACUAUUGUGGCUUUAUUUUCCUCUUUCCCCCCUUCUAUUUAUAUUCAGACAACCUUGAAAGUGUAUUAUUUGCUGUGUGCAUGUGUCUGCAUGAGCCAUGCCUUGUGUGGAAGGUUUUUAAAAAAGGCAGCGAGUUUCUGUUACACUGGUGAAAGUUUACUUGAGAGGACAAAGCUGCACUUGAAUCUUACUUGCCCUGCACAGACGAGGAGGAGGAGGAGGAGGAGAAGGAGGAGGAGGAGGAGGACUGGGAGAGUGGAAAUAGGGACGAAGAAAUAAGAGUCCGUGUUUAUCAAAUUACAGAAAUAACUGAAUGAGUUCUGACAAUGACGUGGCGAGGCUAAAGAGCUCUGCGGUCAAACGCGCUGAGCGAAGCCAUUUCUUUCUCUUCUAGUCUAGUGUAGGGAAAGUAUAGGACCUUUUUCACACUCUGGCCAUUUUGAGUAGUUGAGGACAACCCAGUACGGAGAACAGGUUCGUCCUACUGAGAUACACAUAAAACUAAUGCUUAUCAUUUCACAGAUAAUCCAAUGAUAAAGUUAUAUAAAAUAUGUUAAUCUCAAGAAUCCAGACACAAACAGUCCUGCUAGUUUUCUACUUUUUUUAAUCUAAAUAGGUAACUCUUUAAUAGAUAAGUCUUUUGAACUGUCUGCAACCUUCAACUAUAUUAUAAAGUAACACUUUUAAACACAUACUUCAAUACAGAAAGUGAUACAGUUGCUUUCUGGUGGCUUGAACCGUCCAUACGAAAAAAUAGAAGAAGUUACAUUCAUGGCAACACAUUAACACAACAGUACAACUUCAAUUUAAUGUGAGGUACAGAUAUAUUAACUCAAGACUAUGUUAACAUGUACAAACAAUACAGUGAAGUAAAUAAAAUACUUGAACAGAGGCAAAACACUCUUCUAGAAGAAAAUACCUAAUUUUUCUCAUGCAAAUACUGUAAGAAUAUUAACUUAAAUAUAGAUUAAUAGGUUAUGAAGUGCUUUGGCAAGUAGUUUUUUUUCCAAUUUCUGACUAUUCUUACGUUCAAGCAAUGGGGCGUUUCUAUUUCAGUUGUUUUUUGAUUGGUUCAUUGAUUAUUUCUUUGCAGUUAUAGACAAAACAUAUAAUGUUUUCAAUGUUCAGCGUAAAAUAUAAUCAGUCAUCAGUCAUUUGGCAAAAAAAAAUGUUAACUCAAGGUCCACUUAUUAGCUUUUUCCUGGAGAUUUCACCUCCAUUUCAAGGUACUCAGUCGAUGGAGUUUGCUCAGUUGUCGUGAGGAUGACAACUCUCGUUAUGACGAGUCUCCAUGAGAGCUGAACGAACUCCGUCAACUGAAGGAAGCUCUGAAAAAAAGAUAAAAAGAGGACCUGAAGUUUUUUUAUCAAAUGUUUUCUAAUCCUUUUUGUAACAGAAGAGAUUCAAUGUUAAAGUUCUUUGCUGUUGAUAAUAUAUAAGAAACAUUGUUCUGUAACUGCAGUAAUAAUGUUUGUAUCUGUGCAAAGGCUGCAACUAACGAUGAUUAUCAUUAUUGAUUAAUCUGCCAAUUAUUUUCUCUAUUAAUCAAGAAUCAAUUUUUUCUAUAAAAUGUCAGAAAAUAGUGAAAAAACACAUUUUAAUUUUCCAGAGCCAACUUAUUCAAAAUGCUUAAUUUCUUUGACCAACAGUCCAAAACCCAAAUAUAAUCAGUUUACUAUCAUAUGAAGCCGUAACCAGAGAAUGUUUGUAAUUUUCUGGCUUAAAAAAAUAAUAAGGUUAAACGAUUAUCACUAAUCAGAGUAGUUGAUCGACAAAUUUAUGAAUCGACUAAUCGUUUCAUCUGUAACGUUUGCUGGUGUUUGAUUUGGUUUAAACUGAUGCUGCUCACUCAGACAGGAUUUUAAACUGUGCACACUGAUGCCUGUCGUUGUCAGAACUCUCUCACUGUGUGGUUCUGGUGUGUGUCAUGUGACUGGACCGAGGUUUAACAGUUGGCUGUCUGACUGCCUUAUAGACACUCACUGACCAACACAACAACAACUACAACAACUACAAGUACAACAACAACAACAGACCCAACUGGUUUUUAGUUUCUGACGUGUUAACUGGCUGUCUGACUCACUUGAACAUUGUGUGAAUGUGUGUGUGUGUGUGUGAGAGAGAGAGAGAGAGAGAGAAACAGCUCCUACAGUGAAUGAAUGGACUCCUGAUGAAUGUAUUUGUUUGUCUCACUUUGUUUUUUGAAUGAGCACUUGUGCACUUUAUCUGAAUUUAUCUUAUUUAUCUUUUUUUUUUUUUUUUUUUUGCUAUUCAUCAUCUGUUGCUAUACUGUAAGUGAGUUUACUUCAUUUGCAUACUAAAGUCUGUGGUACAACCAAAAUGAAUCACCUACCAGAAGGCCUUUUAUGUUGGAUAUAACUAAAGAAGAGUUUGGUUCCAAAAGAUCUUAAAACCAUUUCUGAAAAUAAAAUGCUUUGUCAAGUUUAUCAUUCAGUAUUUCUAAUUUAUAGGGAAUCCAAUGUGUUUUUUUUAAAUCAAUUUUGUGGUCCAAGGACUAUAAUGAACCUAUUUUUUUAUAUUUUAUUCUAUUAACUUAUGUUGUACUAAUCAGCUUUUAAAAGUCAGUGUCAUUUUUUUCCAAAUGUACAUUUUGGAGCCAAACACUUCAAAUAUCGAUGCCGAUAAGCUCUUCUUAAUCAUAAUCACUAGCCUGAAUUGUUUCUUAGCUUUGUAUCACCUCUGUGCUUCAGUUUAAAAGAAAAGGUUUUCUACAAGGUUUUCCUUCAAUCUACGAGGAAACCGCUCGGGAACCUUCUUCAUCUCAGAGUAGCUUUAUGGAUUUAGCUGCUUAUAUGACUUGACAGUGCUUUGUUUGGUCUGCUGCACUUAUCACUUGUUUCUGCCUGCCUGCCUGUGAGGAAACACUCGAAUGUACCACGGGCAGAAACCCGAACUUCCUGAAAGAGUCUGAAUGAGUGUUUAUGGAAAUGUCCCAUUAAGAACACAGGUGGUCUUGUCUUUAUUUGAAAAAGGUUUAGAGUAUAUAGAUAGCAAUAUUUAAGUGUUAUUAAACUGUUUGUGUAUUUCCUGUCACUGUUAAAGCUCUGCCCUGUGUGGGGUUGUACAUGCAGGACUGUGGAAGACAUCUUGUGGACUUUUGGGGAAAAAAUUAAAUAAACACAAUCUAAUGUUGCACCAAAGCAAAGAGUUGUUGU